UCCCCAUUUUAUAUAUAUAUUACACUCCCAUACUUAUUAUAGAGGUGUAUAUCCUUCCAAACUUCUCGGGUUCAAGCUGCGAGAAGGGUACUUAUAAGUAGCGCAUAAAAAGAGUUGACAGAAUAACAGGGUGCCUCCCUUAAAUGAAUCCUUGAUCCUUGAGCAGUAUACCUAUACCACUUACUCAAGUUCUUGGCUGAUAUAUACUCUUACAAUUGUGCGGCUCGUGCUUCAGUGUUGUUGCAUAGGGCUCAUAUGGCUUUAUCAGCACCUGCAGGACAAGCAUCAAUUCCAUGGAAUUUUACUGAUAUAUAGAUUCACCAGUGGCAGUCUCACUAAGCAAGCUUCAUGAGAGAGCAACCGAGCAAAAGUAAAGAGUUGUCCAGCAUGGGCCCGAGGUUGCCAACAGAAUAUAAGUAUAUAUUGCAAGUAUAGAUACGUUCAUGGCUGCUGCAGUCGACGGAGCCGCUCUUCUUGUUUGUCGUUGUAACUCCAAGCCACCAAGAAGUGUAACAUCGCUCGUCAAGCGGAUUACCAAUCCGGGACACGACGUAACCGGAGCCUAGCUGUCCUCCUACGAGCUGCACAUGAGGGAAUAUGUCGAGUUUAAAGAUCGAGUUUAUUAUGCACGCACUUGCUGUACCCCAACAAACAACAGACUUCAAGUCGAGGAACUGGAAGGUACUCAGACAUUAAAAGCAAAAAAAAAAAAGAGUCAAUAAACUAAAGAAUGAAUGUCUGGCACAUAAACACCAUUGACUUACGUCAUAAAAAUUUUUCAUUCACACAAGUGAUAACUGCAGAAUAGAGGCAGAGUAUAUAUCACACUGUCGUUAUUCUACUAUUAAAAAAAAUACAUUACUACAAUCAUCAUCUUGUGUUUGCACAUGGCAGCCAUGAAGCAUGGCAAAACAAACCAAGACGACGUGUGUUACGUUGUCGCAAAAUACGAUUACGAGGCACAAGGUGCUCAAGAGCUGGACUUGCGCAAAAAUGAGCGAUACCUGCUGCUGGACGAUUCGAAGCAUUGGUGGCGGGUGCAGAGCUCGCGUGGCCAGGCGGGUUACGUGCCGAGCAACUACGUGAAAAAGGAAAAACCCUCGCUGUUCGAUAGCAUCAAGAAGAAGGUGAAAAAAGGCUCGGGUUCGAAAACACUGCCGUCCAGUAACUCGCCGUCGCGUGUCGUCGAGUCCCCGAUAAUGCCGAGGCGCAUGCCAGCCGACCCGAGCGAGGCCAUCGGCACGGCCGUUGUCAAAUACAACUACCAAGCCCAACAGCCCGACGAGCUGUCACUGGUCAAAGGCACGCGGAUUCUCAUCCUCGAGAAGAGCAACGAUGGCUGGUGGCGGGGGCAAAGUGGCACCCAAGCCGGGUGGUUCCCAUCCAAUUAUACCCAAGAAGAGGGCGAUGCCGAGGACACGCUGCACACCUACGCAAUGGCCGAGAACGUGCUCGAUAUCGUUGUUGCCCUGUACUCGUUCUCGUCGAACAACGAUCAGGAGCUGUCGUUCGAGAAGGGCGAUCGCCUCGAGAUCCUCGACCGUCCACCCGCUGAUCCCGAGUGGUACAAGGCCAGGAACGGCCAAGGACAGGUGGGCCUAGUGCCGAGGAACUACCUCCAGGAGUUGAGCGAGUAUCUGACGCAGGCUUACCGCGAUCGUUUGAACGUCAGUGGUGGUAGUGCCGGUAGUGGAGGUGGCGGUGGCGGUGGCGGUGGAGGCGGUAGCGGAGGAGGCGGUAGUAGCAACAAUAAUGCAAAUUCGGUAGCUGGUGCUGCCAAUCCGGGAGCAGACAGACCACAUCUUAUGGGAAAGCCAUGGUACUACGGAAGCAUCACACGCUCGCAAUGUGAUACCCUUUUAAAUCAACACGGACAUGAUGGCGAUUUUUUGAUACGAGAUAGUGAAACCAACAUGGGAGAUUAUUCGGUCUCAUUGAAGGCACCAGGACGUAAUAAGCAUUUCAGGGUGCACGUGGAAGGAGCCCUUUACUGCAUUGGUCAAAGAAAGUUUCACACACUUGACCAGCUAGUUGAUCAUUAUCAGCGAGCACCCAUCUAUACAAACAAGCAAGGCGAGAAACUGUACUUGGUGCGACCUUUGCCAAAAGCCGGAAAUCCAAGCAGCAAUGGAUGCUAAAAAAAUUCGCGCGUGUCGCGUGCCUCCUUGCUGGCUCUAUAUAAAUGACAAUGAGUAAUCGUCCAACACGCUUAGUUAAUACGCGUUUCGUAAAGAAGAUUUUUUAAAAAUUGCCUAUAACUCGCGACCGCCUUCUCGAUUACCCUAAUCCUCAUCUCAUACAUUAUCCCUAUAUAAUAUCACAUCGAGUCGUGCGUGCGCGUAUUAUUGUCGCCUAAAAUGCAGGUCGUUAUUGUCUCUCUUUUCUGCGGGUCAACAGUCAUGGGCUAGUGUCUACAUGCGUAUCUAGGUAAAUCAAAGGUGUCUUUUAUAAGUGAUAAUUUCAAUUAUCUUAAAUUUAUACACAGAGUGCCCAUUAUUUCUUGAAUUGAUUUUUUUUACUCUCAUCCAAAACGCUUUCAGAUGUCCGUAGUUCAAAUUCCUAUUCUAGAAAUCCUUCAGUUUACAAAUUAAAUUUUGUCUUGAUGCGUCUCCACGGAAUUUUCAAUAAACUUGAAUUGCAUAAUUUUAUUGUAUUUCACCAUUUUCGAAGUUUUUUAUUGACUAAAAAUUAUAUGAAAUGUUUCUGUACUAGUAGAACGCCCCGAAUUUUUGGAGGGCUCGUAUUAGAUUUCGAAUUGACAGGAUAAAAUCUUGGUUCUAUCGGGUGAGAGGUGAGAAAAAUUGAAUUUGUGAAAUAAUUGUAAUGUGAAUGGAUGCUUUGUGUUUAUGGUGUAAAAUAAUACGUAAACGAUUUUGAGUGAUGGUUGAUUUUUUGCUUGGCAUGAUUUUUAUAAAGUUUAUUAAAGGAUUUUUUUGAGUAUCUAGAUACGUUGUUUAAUUUUAACGACGUUCCAGUGUAUUUUUAGUCAAGUAUUAUAACGCUCAUGUCUGUUUGGACACUUUUGUAUAAAAGAUACUUGUGUCUAGUAUUCUAAGUACUUUAGCAUUUUGUACUCUUGUAUCUAUUAAAAAAAAAAAAAAAGUAAUAAUUUUGCCCGUGAUUGCGCAUACGCAUAUAUUAUAGAGGAAAAAAAAAAAAUUACUAACACGACUAGCCAACUCGCCACAUAAUUAGCGUUUUGAAUUUUUUGUGAACGUUUUUUAGAACAAACUUGUUUUCGUAGUACUCUUUACACGUAAGAAGGUCAUCUUCACAACGACUCGUUGCUCAUUGAUGCUUUCAUAAAUCAUAAUAAAAAUUAUCGUGACGAAAGGUAGCUAGAUUUUUAACAGGCGAUCAUGUAAAGUUUUUAAAACUUUUCUAUUAAAAUGACUGUAAAAAUUUCCGAUUAUUAGAAAGCGGUACGGAAAUUUUUAUUUGUGGCUUUCUUACGCAUUACCUCGCUGGCAGAAUACAUUUUUUUGAAACAUCGUUUUGUAAUAAAUUAUUAUGCAUCUAUUAUUCUAGCUUGUGCGAGCGUAACAGCCGAAUAAAUUAAUUAUAUUGCGCAAGUAUGGUCAACCUACUGUUAUAAAGCUAAAACAAAGACUAAGUGUUCAUUUGUGAUUUUGUAUUUAUUAGAAUAUUUCUAAGUAAAUAAAGUAUUUAAGUGUGCACCUAUGCAACCAUGAUUUUUUUUUUACGUAAUUGUGUACGUAUUCACUGAAAUAUGAACUCUGAUCAUACAAUGAUUACCGAUUAUUGAAUGUAGAAAGAAAAAA